AUGUCGUCAAUCGCACGCCCCCCAGACCCUUGCUUGGUUGCCAUUGUCCUCAUAGCCCGCUCGCGUGCCGGUCCUCGCUUUGUCUUCCAUUAUCCUCCCAAGCCGCUCACCGAUAACGCACUGCGAGCUCCCGCUAAAGCCCGCCGUACCUCACGCACAAAAAGCAGGCAAAGCUCUAAAAGCAAUGAAUCCACUUCCAGUGAAGAUAGCCACUCGAGCUCCGACGAGGAUGAAGACGAAUCGCAGAGCCAGAACCAAACACAGAGCAGCCAUGUCGGAGGGGGCAGCAACCCGAACGCCAGACGGUCGAGCAACUUCGGGAUCGACGAUCACCCCAUCUCGGUUUCCCCAGGCCCUGAUAGCCAACGACCGGCAUCGAUUAAUUCGUCCAGAGCACAUUUGAGGAAACGCGGUGCGAAUUCGGAUGUCGAGAAUGAUUCCGGCGGUGGCUCGGACAGACAAGAAGAUGGGCCGAGAGGUGCGGGGGGCCCGUAUCGGCCACCGUGGGAAUCAAUACUUGGACUUCCAGUUGAUGUAUGGGAGAAGCUGUUAAGCCCGUCACCUUCGUGGCACAAACGGCGGUUCGAGGUCGGGAUCAAUGAUCUUGCCUUCGUCGGGUGGCCCGUCUUCGUCCGUGGAGACGGGGCUUGGAAGAAGCAAAGGCGGAAGAAGAAGAAGGGAAAACAGCGUGCCGAAUGGGAAGGGGCUGAAAUUGGUCAUAACGAGGCGACAGAAGACUCCCAGGAUGACGACGGUGAGGCAAUUGCCGCAUCCACCGAGACACUAAGCCCGCACUCGAUACCUCAAAAAGUUCAACGGCCGUCCGUUUCUAGCAACCGGUCCUCGAAGGUGGCAGGCGAUGACACCGACGAUAAGGAUUCAAUGACCAUGUUCAACGUCGUAUUCGUGCUUGAUCCACCUCUGCUGGAGUAUUCGUCACGUGUUCGGGAGAUAUACGACAACAUCAUAAAGAAGUUCAUCAAGGCUUUGAAAUAUGAACAGGCUCGGACCAAUUACGUUUGGAAGGAGUCCCAGCGCAUCUUACACUUGAAGGAGAAGGCGAAAGAGAAAAGAACGUCCCUCAACAAUCUUUAUACUGAGCUAAUAAGCCAGUCUUCUCUUGCGCGGGCAAUCUUGACGCUGUUCACUAGCAUAUCAGCGUCAAAAAUUGCCUCUGUUACCUUGAGUCCUGAUGUAUCGAUCUCCCUCCAGAUUCCGCCGUUAACCUCAACACCGUACCUCUUUGGACCGACUGACCAAGCAUAUCCGGGGCUCUGGCUUACAACAGCAGACAGCAUCUCGCCCGCCGACGACCCCACGGCUGACGAAAACGCAGCGCCUCAUCAAGUGUUGGCAAAGCAUUUUGCUUUGCUAUUACUAGACAAUGAGACCACCAUAAUCAAAGAUGUGGAAGCGGCUGGAGGAGCUCUGGCAGCGCCUCUUGUUCACUAUAUCCGCUGCUCUAGGCCAACAAAAUCGUUUGUUCAGAUUUCUCAGUCUUCCGGGAUACCACUGCCAACCAUUCAGUUCUUGGCCAGCCAUUUGGUCUACUGGAGGAGGGCUCGCGCAGUGCCGCCACUCCAUCAACGAGAUACCUACAUCGUGUCUCCCAACUGCGACCUCAGCAAGCUAGAAGUAGCAACAGCCGCUUUCCAAUUAGCGUUCCCAACCCUUCCCAGCUUACCCAAAAUGUUAUCAGCUCUCAGUGGAACCCCGCGGCCAUAUGGAAGCUUUAUCCCAAGUAAGGACCACAAGGCGACGUAUUUCUCCAUACUAGCAUGGUUACUACGGGGCGGUUGGGUCACUCAACUUCGGUCUUUCGCGCGAAUCAAAAUACCUCCCGAGAUUAAAAUGGCUGUGGAAAUGGCCGUUCGACGUGAAGAGGUCGACAAGUACUUGGGCAAAGGCAGGCCGUCAUCCUUCAAUUCAAAGAAGGAUGGUUCUUUCAGCGAAGAUAGAUUUGACGGUAGCGACCUCGAUGACGCCUCGUCGUCUUCCUCCUCGUCGCUUGCUAGUCAAGGCAGCGGAGAUGAAACUCCCAUCCCAAACCGGUUCAGAGGGGACACUGGACUUGAUCUGACACAUUCACUUCUUGAUCAAUCCGCCUCAUUAAAGACAUCUUCCCUCAUCCAACUCCCUCACAAAGCCUCGCCAUUAGAAUCCCGAUGGUUGGCCGAACUUGUGGCACGGUUCCCAGAGUAUACACCUCAUCCUGUGAAUAAUGGAGAACAAGCCAGCCCCGAUACAACAGAGGGUGACCUUGGGCCAUCAGCGCUUACGACUUCACUGAAAGAUGUCUGGCCGACCUAUGUCAAAUACUUUAACGGCUAUGACGCCCUGGAAAAGGUUCCUGUUCGUGAGGGCCUGAAGCGCAAAUUAGUCUGGCAGACUCUUACCCGGUUGGGGCUCAUCACAGGGCAGCAGUCGUCCAUAGAGCUGGAUCCCAAGGAGCAGGUUUUGGUGUCUUUUAGACAUUGGUAA